AUGUCAAGCGAGGAAAGCUACCGGGCCAUCCUGCGCUACCUGACGAACGAGUGCGAGCCGUACGCGCCGGGCACCGAGGGCAAUGUCAAGCGCAAAAUACGCAAGGCGGCCGCCUGCUACGUGGUGCGCGACGGGACCCUGUACUACCAGCGGCGGCAGCGGCACCGCAAGACCUUCGCGGAGCUGGAGGUGGUGCUGCAGCCCGAGCGGCGCUGGGGGCUCAUCGAGGCGGCGCACCUGGGCCCGGGCGGCACUCACCACACCCAGCACCAGACCUGCGGGCCUGAUGUCCUCGAGACCCGCUUACUCGUAGUCCUCAAGUCGUGGCUCUGCGGUAUAUUAAAGCAAGUCAAAGAUUACAUUAAACAGUGUAGCAAAUGCCAGGAGAAACUAGAUCGCUCCCGUCCAAUAUCAGAUACUUCAGAAAUGUUGGAAGAAUUAGGACUAGACCUUGAAUCUGGAGAAGAAAGUAAUGAAUCAGAGGAUGACCUGAGCAACUUUACUUCAACCCCAACUACAGCCUCCAAGCCUGCAAAAAAGAAGCCAAUAUCUAAACAUGAACUUGUAUUUGUUGACACCAAAGGAGUGGUGAAACGUUCUUCUCCAAAACAUUGUCAGGCUGUGUUAAAGCAACUGAAUGAACAGAGACUCUCCAACCAGUUCUGUGAUGUUACUUUGUUAAUCGAAGGAGAAGAGUACAAAGCUCAUAAAUCUGUUUUGUCAGCUAAUAGUGAAUAUUUUCGAGAUCUUUUUAUUGAGAAAGGAGCUAUUUCCAGUCAUGAGGCAGUGGUGGAUCUUUCUGGUUUCUGUAAAGCAAGCUUCCUCCCUUUACUGGAAUUUGCCUAUACUUCUGUGCUAAGUUUUGAUUUCUGUAGCAUGGCUGAUGUAGCCAUCUUGGCUCGGCAUCUCUUCAUGUCAGAAGUUUUAGAAAUCUGUGAAAGUGUACAUAAACUAAUGGAAGAGAAGCAGCUAACGGUAUAUAAAAAGGGUGAAGUACAAACAGUUGCAUCUACCCAGGACUUACCAGAACAAAACGGAGGUACAGCACCUCCUGUGGUUAACAAUGAGGGAACCACCACAACUUUACCUACUGAGCUUGGGGAUUGUGAAAUUGUACUGUUGGUGAAUGGAGAAGUGCCAGGAACUGAGCAGCAUGGAGAGCUCAGACAGCGGCCCGAGCCCCAGGUCUCCGCAGAGGCUGAAGCUGCUCUGUCACCUUCACCUGCAGGCUGUGCAACUGAUUCUCACCCUGAAAUGGAGUCUGUUGAUUUAGUAACAAAGAACAACCAGACAGAACUAGAAACUUCAAACAGUAGAGAAGGUAGCACAGUUUCUAAUAUUUAUCCUAAACUCUCCAAAGAGAAUGUAAGCAGUGGCUCUCCAGAAAACAGUGAUAUGGGAAAUGAUACAUCAAAUGAGGAUAUUUGUGAUGAAGACAUUCCAGAGCAUAGACAGAACCUUGGCCAAUCUUUAAAAGAUCAGGAAAAUCUAGUUGCAAAGACAGACCUCAGCCCUGAUGAUGAUACUUAUAGAAGCAGGCUUCGACAGCGUUCUAUUAAUGAAGGGGGAUAUAUUCGACUACACAAAGGAAUGGAGAAAAAGCUGCAGAAACGGAAAGCCACUCCCAAGUCAGCAGUUCAACAGGUAGCCCAGAAAUUAGUUCAAAGAGGAAAAAAGAUGAAACAGCCAAAGAGGGAUGCUAAAGAGAAUACUGAAGAAGAAGCAUCUCAUAAAUGUGGGGAAUGUGGAAUGGUUUUUCAGAGAAGAUACACGCUUAUAAUGCACACGCUGAAACAUGAAAGAUCUAGAGAUUACAAAUGCCCGCUGUGUAAAAAACAGUUUCAGUACAGUGCCUCAUUGAGAGCACACCUUAUUCGACAUACCAGAAAAGUUGCACCCUCUUCAUCGUCUUCCAAUUUCACAUCUAAUGAGGCAUCAGGAACAUCGUCUGAGAAGGGCAGAACCAAACGAGAAUUUAUAUGUUCCAUAUGUGGAAGGACAUUACCUAAAUUAUAUUCUCUUCGAAUACAUAUGUUAAAGCACACUGGUGUAAAGCCACAUGCAUGCCAGGUCUGUGGAAAGACUUUCAUCUACAAGCAUGGUCUAAAAUUACACCAGAGUCUCCAUCAAUCACAAAAGCAGUUCCAGUGUGAACUAUGUGUUAAGUCAUUUGUUACCAAACGGAGUCUUCAAGAACAUAUGAGUAUUCACACAGGAGAGUCCAAGUACCAUUGCUCAGUUUGUGGAAAGUCUUUUCACAGGGGCUCUGGACUCAGCAAGCACCAAAAGAAGCACCAGCCAAAGCCUGAGGUUCGAGGCUAUCACUGUACUCAAUGUGAAAAAAGUUUCUUUGAAGCUAGAGAUCUUCGUCAGCACAUGAACAAACAUCUUGGUGUGAAGCCAUUCCAGUGCCAAUAUUGUGAUAAGUGCUAUAGUUGGAAGAAAGAUUGGUAUUCCCAUGUGAAGUCUCAUUCUGUCACUGAACCUUACAGAUGUAAUAUAUGUGGCAAAGAAUUUUAUGAAAAAGCAUUGUUCAGAAGGCAUGUAAAGAAAGCUACCCAUGGGAAAAAAGGAAGAGCAAAGCAAAACCUAGAACGGGUGUGUGAAAGAUGUGGAAGAAAAUUCACUCAACUGAGAGAGUAUAGGAGACACAUGAACAAUCAUGAAGGAGUUAAGCCAUUUGAGUGCUUAACAUGUGGAGUGGCUUGGGCUGAUGCCCGGUCUCUAAAGCGCCAUGUCCGAACCCAUACUGGUGAGCGGCCCUAUGUGUGCCCUGUGUGCAGCGAAGCCUACAUAGAUGCCCGGACACUCCGAAAACAUAUGACCAAGUUCCACAGAGACUAUGUGCCUUGCAAAAUUAUGCUGGAAAAAGAUACCCUUCAGUUUCAUAACCAAGGAACUCAGGUGGAGCAUGCUGUUAGCAUCCUAACAGCAGACAUUCAUGAACAGGAAAGCAGCGAUCCUCAAGAACUUGAGACUGUGGUAGUGACGGGAGAAACUAUGGAAGCUCUUGAAGCCGUUGCAGCUACUGAAGAGUAUCCAUCUGUAUCUACACUCUCUGACCAAAGUAUUAUGCAGGUGGUUAAUUAUGUGUUGGCACAACAGCAAGGACAGAAGUUAUCUGAAGUUGCAGAAGCUAUUCAAACUGUUGAAGUAGAGGUGGCACAUAUUUCAGAAGCAGAAGGAAUAUAGUCAUGGAAAUUUUAAAAAGUGACAUCUCAUGGAUACUGAACUCAGAACAUUUGUUUACAAUACUAUGUGACUCUCUACCUAGAUUUUGUAUGUGAAGAUUCUGGGCUGUUUGAUGAUGUUUUAACAUUUCUGAUUGGUUUGUCCAGCUAAAGUCCAUUUACUGUAAAGAAAUUGAAAAUAUCUGUUUGAUGGCAGUGGUUUAUUAUGGUAUACAUUUUAUGAAUUAAUGUGUGUAAAGGAUUAUAGUAAAUGAAAAACUGUACAGUUUCAUUUGCAUUUUGACAUUGUUAUAUACUUUGAGUUUAAAAGGCUGCACCAGUAAGCUUUUCUUCUCUUUUGUU